UCUGUUAAUACGAUGCCGUUUAGUUGUAGUUGUUUUGUGUGUAAACUAUAAUCGUAUAUCGAUCGUCUUCCUCGCGAGAGUUUCAGUCUCAGCCACAAAGUAAAGACUCCACUGUCGUCUUCCGUAGUGAUGCUUCUUUCUGCAAUCGCUUCUCAGACCCUUCUCUCAUCAAACCCUAAUCUACACUUCUCCAAUUCUAUUCCAAACCCUAGACCUUCUAAUCCCUCCCUUAAGCUCCUCAAUGCCUCUUCUUCUUCCUCCUCCUCGUCGUCGUCUUCUAUAUUUACACGCGGUCUCCGUUACGUAAACCACACUGUAUCUAAUGAAGAAUCAGAACCCGGAGGAGGAGAGACCAUGGUUGCUUCUGCUUCCGCUAUAGCUUCCGCGAUUCGUGGAGCUUCAACAACUCCUGUAGAGUUCACACAGAUGAUUGAGAAAGACCAUCUCAAGACUAAGAUUAUCUUGCCAAGUCCUGAUUUUCAACGGCUUUGUCUUGAGCAAUUAGAUCUCUUUCGUCAAAUCGUUGAUCCAAACGCAGUACUCUCGAUAUAUGUAAGACCAGCUGGUAGCUAUGUGAUGGAUCGAUUAGAGUUGCGUCGUGUCACUUGUUAUCCAAGUGUUAAUGCUGGAGACGUUGUGAUCUUAGUUGGAAACUUUGGUAUCCCUGCGGGUCUACGAGCAGCUGAAGCAUCACUUUCUAGUCAACAAGUAGAACUUGUGAGUAAACAUAGAGCUGCUGUGUUUCCAAUGGUGAAACACCCGUUUGUUGUCGGUUUCUUGGUUGCUGAGUUACCAGUAGAAGCCGAGGAGGAGGAGGAGGAGGAGGAAGAGGAAAAACCGCAUGGUGUAAAUCAGUUUCUUUCCCCUGAGGAAGCUUAUGCUUUGCCUGCUUCAGCUAAUACAAAAUCACCUAGAGUUAAACUUCCUUCUGUUAAGGUUUUCACUGAAGAGCAGAGAUCGUAUGCGAUUAAUAUUUCUCGGACUCUCGCUAUGGCUUAUGUCAUGGAUCAGAAAACAAUGUUACUUCAACAGUCAUCUUGGCAAAACAAUGUGAGGAUGAGUAAGCUAGUGGAGCAGAUCCGUGGUCCGCUCUCUACCAUGAGGACUUUAAGUAAAAUGCUUUCAACUCACACUAAGAGAAAUCAGAUUUCACAUGAUAUUGUGGAAGACUUAAUAGUUCAAGGUGAUCAAAUAAAGGAUACCCUUGAAGAACUUCAGGAUGCAGUUCACUUGACAAAGGCUAAUAUAGUGCGCCACAACGAAGAAGCCCUAAAGAAGAUAAAUAAAACACACAAUGAAACAAGGAGAUCAAAGUAUGAACAUAAGGACCCCAUUGAUGGCUCACAAAUCUCAAGUACACGCCUUUCCUUGGGUUCUGGAUUAGAUGAUUCAGAAAUGCCUAUGCCACCUCUUGCCCUGGCACCCCUACAAAUGCACAGUAUAAGACCAUGCGACAUUUCUAAUGUGCUUUUAGAUAUGGUCGAGACUGUGAGACCACUAGCACUUACUCAGCAAAGAGUAGUGGAGCUAGGUGAGAACUCAGCUUCCCUGCAAGUUGCUGUUGAAGAACCAGCUUUGAGGCAAGCUCUGAGCAACCUCAUCGAAGGUGCAUUGUUGCGCACUCAUGUUGGGGGGAAAGUUGAAAUUUUGUCGACCAGAGCUCCUGCUGGCGGUAGUCUUGUAGUAAUUGAUGAUGAUGGUCCUGAUAUGCGCUAUAUGACGCAAAUGCAUUCGCUAACACCAUUUGGAGCAGAACUCCUGUCGGAAAACAUGGUUGAAGACAAUAUGACAUGGAACUUUGUGGCUGGUUUAACCGUAGCCCGAGAGAUCCUGGAGAGUUACGGAUGCGUGAUCAGGGUUAUAUCACCUCGCAGCUCCGAUGCAGCCUUAGGAGCUGGCGGUACUCGUGUAGAGCUCUGGCUGCCUGCCUUCCCUGCAGCAGUAUCUGAAGCCAAUGAAGCAUAGGUUUUCAUUUCCAUCUCUUUGUGAAUCUUUUUAGUCUCGAGUCCGAUUUGUGGUGAAGCCAAUGUAUAGUCUAUUUUGUGAUAUGUUGAUCGAUGUGUAAUAACACCUUAAUAUGUACAUAAACCCAAAAGAGUCAUGUCUACAUAUGUGGACUUUGUAACGUAAAUAUAUAGCUCUAUUCUUAUGUAAGUGAUAUAGGAAGACUUGAACAAAAUUGAUUGCAAUUGUUUUUCAAUCUUCUUUUACCUUCAAAUGCC